UGUGUGUGUGUGUGAGAGAGAGAGAAAAGACAGAAUCGCACUCGCCCAGAGCCCGCGGGUUUACCUGUGUGUGACACCCUCGCAAUGACAGCAGGGCCCUGCAGGGAAAGGGGGCCACGUCAGGGGAGUUUGGAUGAAACGCGCGUGUGAGAAAAGAGCUCGAGCUGUGUCUCCCCAGGUUUUUGAUGCGUCUCGCCACUUUGGAGCUACACUGUUGGACUUACCUGCUGCUGCUGCUGCUGCUGCUGCUUACCUGCUGCUGCUGUGAUCGAUAACAAGCUUGCUCAUAAGUUACUCAUCAGCUCCACAGAUCGUUGCAUGACACUGAGAGCGCGGGCGCAAUGAGUCGGAGAACGCGACGCUGGAUUUUAAGAGUUUUACUUUGUUUAGGGAUUGUUUAUUUGAAAAUUGGUGGCUUCGCGUCGGUGGUGGCCCUAGGUGCGAGCAUAAUCUGUAACAAGAUCCCCGGUUUGGCCCCCAGACAGCGGAUUAUCUGCCAGAGUCGCCCCGAUGCCAUUAUCGUCAUCGGAGAGGGAGCCCAAAUGGGCAUCAACGAGUGUCAGUUUCAGUUCAAAAACGGGCGCUGGAACUGCUCUGCGCUUGGGGAGAGGACAGUCUUCGGAAAAGAGUUGAAAGUGGGAAGCAAAGAGACCGCGUUCACCUACGCCAUCAUCGCAGCAGGCGUGGCCCACGCCAUCACCGCCGCCUGCACGCAGGGAAACCUGAGCGACUGCAGCUGUGACAAGGAGAAGCAGGGCUUCUACAGCAAAGACCAGGGAUGGAAGUGGGGAGGCUGCUCGGCGGACAUCAGCUACGGCCUGGGCUUCUCCAAGGUGUUCAUCGACGCGCGGGAGGUCAAACAGAACGCGAGGACGCUCAUGAACCUCCAUAACAACGAGGUGGGACGCAAGGUCCUGGAGAAGAACAUGCGGCUGGAAUGCAAGUGUCACGGCGUCUCGGGUUCCUGCACCACCAAAACCUGCUGGACUACACUUCCCAAGUUCCGCGAGCUCGGCUACAUUCUCAAGGAGAAGUAUGCCCACGCCGUGCACGUGGAGCCGGUGAAGGCCAGCCGCAACAAGAGGCCCAAAUUCCUCAAGAUCAAGAAGCCUUACUCGUACCGCAAGCCCAUGGAUACGGACCUGGUGUACAUCGACAAGUCGCCCAACUACUGCGAGGCCGACCCCGUCACCGGGAGCCUGGGCACGCAAGGCAGGGUGUGCAACAAGACGAUGAUGCAGCACAUCAGCGGGUGCGACCUGAUGUGCUGUGGGCGGGGCUACAACACGCACCAGUACUCGCGCGUGUGGCAGUGCAACUGCAAGUUCCUGUGGUGCUGCUACGUCAAGUGCAACACGUGCAGCGAGAGGACAGAGGUGUACACGUGCAAGUGAGACACUGUUUAUUUUGGAUAGUGUCGUGUGCGCGCGCGUGUGUGGUUGUGCGACGACGCAUGGGAGGCGGAAGUGGAACUCUUGAACGCCGCACACAGCGAGGAACUACUGCGGCGCGCGCACAGUAAGCUGAGGACGGGGCGUCGUCGUUCUUUUGCACACAGAGCUCUUCAAGGAUUGUUGUAGUUUUUUAUUUGGAUUUUUUUU